AUGAUCACAGGACUUUACCGAACAAAUAGUUUCAAAUUCUUGUAUAAAUUUCGCCGUUUGGUUUCAUCUCAAACACAUUAUGAUACGUUAGGAAUUAAAAAAUCCGCAUCGUAUAGUGAAAUUCGCUCAGCUUUUAUCGAACUAUCAAAAAAAUAUCAUCCUGACAAAAAUGACGGUGAUAUUGAGACGUUUAAAAGGAUCAACGAAGCGUACUCUGUUCUCUCUCAAGAGAAAAGUAGACGAAUUUAUGAUUCCUCUUUAGUAUCAAGAGCUAAACCAUUAUUUACUAACUCGCCAAAUGAGUAUGAUGUUUCAGAUUGGGAACGUGAUUAUAAUUACCACUUACGUUCUCUGCGUUUUGGGGAAAAUAAACGCAACAAUAAAGGAAACCCUAAUAUAUCACGAUCGAUUUUCAUUUCAACAAUACUAUUAGCAGCAUUCAUAUACUUUAUUUCCAUAUAUAAAUUUAUUAAAAAACGUCGUAACAAUGGUUUGACUAGCUCAAAAGCAAAUCCAUAUGAAGAUCUCGAAGAUUGA